UCAUUCAUCCCAUGUUUUUCUCCUCCUGACAACCCUCGACUUCUCCAAAUCGUUCUCGUCAUGACAUAUUCAAUCGUUAUUUUCGUCACCCGCAAGCCUACUAUCACUCCAGAUGAAUUCAAAGAUUAUUGGGAAAACCAUCACAUUCCACUUCUCCAAUCUUUGACCGGAGACUCUUUCCCACGCCAGCAUAGGCGCCAAUAUCUCGCCCGUAUCGAACGCAAAGGUUUUGGGGGUCCAGCCAACAAAGACAAUCCUCCUCUUGUUCUUCGAGGCUCGCCAGAAGACUUUGAUUUCGACGGUAUAGCCGAGUUGACUUGGGAUGACGAGGAUACGUUCCGCAAAUUCUACAAAGCGAUAUACUCUACCGAAGCCGCCGCGAAGCUGGCACGAGAUGAAGAGAUAUUUCUGGAUCCUGGGAAGUUGAAGACUGUCGUGGUACAUGAGGCCAUGUCCACGUGCUGGUGA